GUUCAUAAUAGCCCACUGUAGUUGGCUUGUGUGUGUAGUCCUGUGUAGUCUGUUUUAUCCAAAUACGUGAUCUAUAAUGGCGAAUACAGAAUCACUUGCAGAAGUAACAGAUGUUGUACAAAUUCUACGACAGUGGGAAGAAGAGCAUAGUUCAUCAACUUAUGAUCCUAUUCCUGUUCUUCAGAGAUUAGCAGAUAUAAUAGAACUUGAGACAGAAAAUUAUAUGAAGAUGGAUCCAGAUCCAUUCGAUGAAAGACAUCCAUCACGUACUGAUCCAGAAUGUAAUUUUGGACAUAUAUUGAAAGUUUUGUUUAGGAAGGAUAACUUUAUGACAAAGUUAAUAAAUGAUUAUUUGAGAGAUACAUAUUGGUCUCGAGCGGGAAUAACUGGAAGAGACGUCAGAAAGUUAAACAUUGCUGCCUGUCGUCUGAUGUUAGACAUACUUCCAGGUUUAGAAACUUCAGCAGUAUUUCAACCAGAUAUGGAAGGUCUUAUACACAGGUUAUUUUCUUGGGCAGAAAAAAGCAUUGAACCAUUACAGAGUUAUUCAACUGGUCUUUUAGCCGCUGCUAUGGAAGUGCAAGAUAUAGCUACAGGAUUUAGAGAUCAAAAUGCUAAAAUGGUACCAUUAAUGUUGCAACGAUUACAUAAGUUGCAGCAGAAGGCACACGAAGAUCGUCAGCAAAAAAUGCAUGAGGAUCAUCAGAAAAACAUUAGGCCAUUUGCUCAUUUUGGGCAAGAUAUAAAUAGUGUUGAUUAUAUUGAUAAAGAUAUUUCCGAAAAACGUAAAAUGCGGGAAAAAUGGCAGAAAAAUGGAAUUGUGAAAGAUCAAGAUUCACCUUCCUCCGACGAUAAUGAUUCAAUGCAUAAUUUCAAUGAUAUGCCAGCUACAAAAAAAAAGAAAAGCAACUCUGGUUGUGAAACGCCUAUAAAAAAUAACGAUCUUUAUCCCAAAAUUAUGUCCCCACCUCUAUCCAUACCGAAAACCGCGAACAAUCAUGUUAAUUUGCAAGUAACACCAUCCAAACAAAGUAGUUUACAGUCCACGAGAAUAUUGAAUGUACCAGCAUCCGCUAGAUGCAAUUUGCAAAAGUUAUCCAAUCUGUCUCAAAGUUCUAACGUACAUUUGACACAGUUAGAGGGAAAUUCAAAUUCUUCUUGGGCUGAAAUGGAAUCGUAUGUUAUUGGUAAUGUUCAAAUGUAUCCUCCUACUCUUGCGACUCGACAGAUGCUAAUUUUACGGUACUUGACACCAAUGGGAGAGUAUCAAGAGUUUCUUGGUCAUGUGUUCGAACACAAUGCUCUGGACUUAAUACUGAAAUAUAUAAACGUGCGAGAAACUAAAGACAGCAGACUUGCUUUUGAGGCUCUUAAGUAUCUUGCAUCUUUGUUAUGUCACAAAAAAUUCUCAAUCGAAUUCUUAAAUGUGGGCGGUUUGCAAAGACUGUUAGAUGUGCCGAGGCCGAGUGUUGCAGCAACAGGUGUAUCGAUAUGUCUCUACUAUCUGGCGUACUGUGAAGAUGCUAUGGAACGAGUGUGUUUAUUACCAAAACACAUAAUAUCUGAUCUCGUGACUUAUGCAUUAUGGUUAUUAGAACGUAGUCAUGACUCUGGACGAUGUCACGCGACUAUGUUCUUUGGGUUUUCUUUUCCAUUCAAAGUUAUAUUAGAAGAGUUCGAUGCACAGGAUGGCUUGAGAAAAUUAUUUAAUGUAAUAUCUACUUUGCCAAUUUUAAAUAUUGAGGAAGAACCAACUAUAAAUGAUGAUGAAGAAUGUGCAUCAAGACAAAUCGUACGACACGUAGCUGUUGCUUUGAAGAGAUACAUGGAAGCGCAUUUGCAUUUAAAAGCAGAGCAAUUACAACGUGCAGAAAAUGUCAGAGUUGAACGUGAUACAUGGCAGCCUUCAUUACCUCCUUAUAAAGCAUGCAAAUUUAGCAGUGAAGAAGUUCAGGCAAAAGUAGAAAUUCUUCAAGAAUUAAUGUCAGUUAGAGCAGUAUGGCCACCAGUAGAAGAACUUCAUCGUUUAGGUGGUAUCACAUUGCUUUUGCAAAUUAUUGCUUUUGCUCGCGAAUGGAAUUAUAGUGGACGGGUACAUACUACAUCUAGUGCAGAAACGGUUAGAUCAUGUUUGGAUGUUGUCGCAAUUUGUUCUGUUGUACCAAAAGUUAUGCUGCUGCUAUGUGAAAGAGUUGAUAUGCCAGACAUGUCAAUGACAAUGGCGAUUAAUCUUUUGCUAGCUGCAGCUGAAUGUGAAAUUAUUGCAGAUGCUGAUGUACAAAGAGCAGCACUUAGAGCUGUAAUUAAUUGUGUAUGUGCUCCCAUAAACAGAGUUGGAGGAAAUGUAGCUAGAUAUUCUAUAACGGGAUCUACUAAGAAAAAAGCAAAUAUUCACAAUAGUGAAGAAUUGAUACAAAAAGUAUGGGAAAGCGUUAGAUCAAAUAAUGGAAUAAUGGUAUUACUACAAUUAAUGAUGGUAAAAACACCUAUUACUGAUGCCGAUAGUAUACGAGCGUUAGCAUGUCGUGCACUAGCUGGACUAGCACGUAGUGAGAAAGUUAGGCAGAUUAUUAGCAAGUUACCAAUGUUUACAAAUGGGCAAAUUCAGUCACUUAUGAAAGAUCCUAUUUUACAAGAGAAACGGCAAGAACAUGUUACUUUCCAAAAGUAUGCUCUUGAAUUAAUGGAAAGGGUAUCUGGUAAAGCAAAACCAACAGGUGCAGAAUAUGAAAUUUCUUUAGUCAGUUUACAUAGGGCCAAUGUUGUAGCACAGACGAGAAUACAGUAUAAUGAACAACAACUUAAUCAAUUAAUAUAUCAGCAUCUUAUGUCAAAAGGUUUAACUGAAACAGCUAGUAUAUUACACAGAGAAGCGAAUUUAGAAUCAUCUACAAUUAUGAGAGCUACAACAACAUAUCAAUCUUUUACGUACCGAAAUCCUACAAGUGUAACUCCAAGAAAUAGUUUUUCUCCAGGUGCCCCUGUUAAUUUGUAUAAUACAAAUAGAUGUACACAAAGAGAAACUACUUGUCGAAACAAUACUCCCACAUCAUCUCGAUUUAUAUCCCAUACGGGUGGAUGCACUGGUUCAUCAUCUGGGAAUAAUAAUAUCCGAUUAAAACUUGCAGAUUGCUUGAACCAAAAUGUUAUUCCGAAUAAUGCAAAUCAGCCAAUUAAGUUACAAAUUAAUCAGAAGAAAUCAAUGUCAUCUGAAAGGCAACCUCUAAUCAUUCCAACGAAUUAUCAGUCUAUGAUACUACAGUCCCAAUCAACUAGUUGUAGAUCUUUACAGAAACAGAUUUUCAGAGAUCCUGGUAGUGGUGGAGGACCUGGUGUAGCCACUUCUAAUUUAUCUGUUACUCUCGAUUCCAUUAUUACAGAAUACUUAACCAAUCAACAUGCUUUGUGCAAAAAUCCUAUGGUAACGUGUCCACAAUUCAAUCUUUUUGAACCACAUAAAUGUCCAGACCCAUGUACAAAAAAUUCUUCACCUACUAAUGUAACAGUGAGAUUAGCGAGACGAGCAUUAGGAAUGGAUGGCAGAAGAUUAGAUAGAAGACAUAUUUAUAGCCGUUUUUGCCCUAUAAAAACUUUUCGGCCUACUGAUGUAGGAGGAAUUUUCACUUGUUGUACUUUUUCGCCUUGCACACAAUAUCUCAUUUUGGGCACCCAAACUGGAGACAUCAAAAUGUUCAAUAUCCAUACAGGAAUGGAAGAAGCAACUUAUCAAUGUCAUGAAUCAUAUGUGUAUCAUAUGGAAUGUAAUCAGCGUGGUAAUCUUUUGUUGACCACCACUGCUUGGAGAAGUCCUAUGUCAAUACUCUGGGAUAUAGGAGCAUUCUUUGAAAUGAAAUUUCCCUUAGAAAAUGAAGAUUAUGUUGAAUUUAGCAAAUUACAGGACAGAAUAAUUGGUACCCAAGGCGAGAGUGCGACGAUAUAUGAUAUAGGAACUGGAAAAUUAUUAACAACUUUGACUCCAUCUAUCUCAAAUCAAUAUACUAAAAACAGAGCAACUUUUAGUAUGAAUGACGAAUUAGUACUUAGCGAUGGCAUAUUAUGGGAUGUUAAUUCAGGCAAAGAAAUUCAUAAAUUCGAUAAAUUGAAUCAAAUAUUAAAUGGAGUUUUUCAUCCAAAUGGAACUGAAGUUGUAUCUAAUACUGAAGUAUGGGAUUUGAGAACAUUUCACUUACUUAAGACAGUUCCUACUCUUGAUGAAAUGGAAGUGAUCUUCUCACCAAUCAACAAUAUUAUAUAUGCCGUUGCAUUAGACCAAGACAAUGAAAAUGAUUCUCAUUAUGCAACAUCUUUCAAAACUCUAGAUGCUUUAGAUUAUAGUAAUAUUGCAACUUGUGAUGUAAAAAGGGGCAUUUAUGGUCUUGCCUGCAACAAAUUUGACACUCAAAUUGCUAUAGUAGAAAAUAUGGGUGAAUUUUCCAGCAUACAGGAAUCAUGUGUUAGAUUAUAUGAUGUGGGAAGACGAAGAGAUGAUGAAGAUGAAGCUGAUGAGGAUGAUGAAGAAGACGAUCUUGAUGCCAGUGACGAUGAUGCAUCUGAUAACGCAGAUGAUGGUGAUAAUGCGGAUGCUGGUGCAGAGGAUGGCGAUGAUAACGAUCAGAAUGACAGAGAAAAUAAUGAUGAUGGCGAUGAUGAGGAUGGUGGAGAUGAAGAUGAUUCUGGUGAUGAUAGUGCAGAUUAUGAUCCUAAUGUUGACAUUCAUGAUCUGUCUGAUGAUUUCUCUUUGUCAGACAUGGAUGAUUUAGAGAUAUUGUUUUCAUGAAUGCCAUUAAGAGAUACAAUUUUAUGUGCACGCGCGCACAGUGUUAACAAUA